AUGACCGAGCACACCAGCAACCACUCGAGCUUCGCGAAGCUCAAUGACGUCAACUAUCCCGAAUGGACGAUGCGGAUGGAGGCUCACCUGAUCCGCAAGAAGCUGUGGGAUGGGGUUAUGGAGAUCACCGUUGAGACGAUGGGCCGAGGUGUCGAUGUGGUCGAAGAAGAGUACGAGAAGAAGAAACAGAAGAGGUCCACGCAGAAGAUGGCGGAGGCGAGGGCGGAGCUGGUGAUGAGUGUUGACGACG